AUGUCGAAGGUUCUCAUGUUAGUUGCACUGCUGGGAGCAGCAACUGCUCAAUAUUACUCUCACGGACAAGCCACUUCAUCCCAGUCCAUCAUUCGUCAUGAUAACCAACACGGAUACAACCACGUUCAACCUAUCACCGUCCAUUCAGCUCCAAUCUCAUACCAUCAACCUGCUAUAGCUGUUCACGCUGCCCCAGUCGCUAGUCAUGUCAGUGUUCAACACGCUUCUCCAAUCAUUCAACACGUUGCUCCAGUCAUUCAACACGUGGCUCCCAUAAGACACGUAGCUCCCAUUGCUCAUGUAGCUCCCGUGGCUUACCAUGCAGCACCUAUUCAUGCUCAAGGACACCAAGAAUAUUAUUCCCACCCCCAGUACGAGUUUGAGUACAGCGUAGCAGACACUCAUACUGGUGACAUCAAAUCUCAACACGAAGCUCGCGACGGUGACCACGUGACCGGCUCCUACAGUCUUCACCAACCUGAUGGUUCUGUACGUACUGUACACUACAGCGCGGAUGCACACAGCGGAUUCAACGCUCAAGUAGAAAAUUCUGGUCCUUCAACACAUGUCCAGCCUCAGCCUCAGCCUCACUAUGCUCCUGUUCAUUUAAACACUACUUCGAAAGACAGAAACAUGUUGUCAAAGGUUCUCAUGUUAGUCGCCCUACUGGGAGCAGCAAGUGCUCAACAUUAUUCUCACGGACAAGCCACUUCAUCCCAGUCCAUCAUUCGUCAUGAUAACCAACACGGAUACAACCACAUUCAACCUAUCGCGGUCCACUCAGCUCCAAUCUCAUACCAUCAACCUGCUAUAGCUGUUCACGCCGCCCCAGUCGCCAGUCAUGUCAGUGUUCAACACGCUACUCCAGUCAUUCAACACGUUGCUCCAGUCAUUCAACACGUGGCUCCCAUAAGACACGUAGCUCCCAUUGCUCAUGUAGCUCCCGUGGCUUACCAUGCAGCACCAGUUCACGCUCAAGAACACCAAGAAUAUUAUUCCCACCCCCAGUACGAGUUUGAGUACAGCGUAGCAGACACUCAUACUGGUGACAUCAAAUCUCAACACGAAGCUCGCGACGGUGACCACGUGACCGGCUCCUACAGUCUUCACCAACCUGAUGGUUCAGUACGUACCGUACACUACAGCGCGGAUGCUCACAGCGGAUUCAAUGCUCAAGUAGAAAAUUCUGCUCCUUCAACACAUGUCCAGCCUCAACCUCACCUGGCGCCUGUUCAUGUUCUGUCUCAUCAUUAAUAUUCCCUAAAAA